AUGAAGCUGCCAGUGUUGCUGCUGUUGGCCCUGCCGGCUCUGUCCUCAGCAGACUCUUGUGUCUGUGAGAAAAACACUGAACCAGUCCAGGUACUGGACCCAAGUCUAGCGGACCGGGUUCCUGAAAUCACAGGUCUUCCAUCUGUUGCAGCGAUUGGGAACAUUUCUAGCCCAUUCACCUCUUUCAUGUUUAAUCAAAACAAACUAGAAUGGCAGACCUUUGGAUCCUCUCCCGCCGACGGAUCAAUUUCAAUCUACAACGGAUACGUUGGACGCAUUGACUAUGUUUGCAAAUACGGGUGCGAGGCUGGCUUCUAUAACCCCAACAUGGGUCCUUACUGCCACUACCCCUAUGCAGGGAAAGAGUAUCGUGGCUCCCCGUUUGAGAUCCUGGUGAACAAAGACAACUUUGAGUUCAUGGAAUGGAAGGAUGGCUCCUAUGGUUCAGUGCCUCAGAACUCAGUCAAGACCUGCGCCGACAGUGACAAAUAUGUCGGCAAGAACAAGUUUGGUCUUGGGAAAGUGCAUGUUAGGAACGAGGCCUUCUUCCUUCCCUGGCAAGGGUCUGAGUACUGGUACAAGUACUACCAGGUCCUGACCUUUAACAAAGAGAUAACCAGUGAGGACAUUUCUGAUGUCAAGUACAAGACUGAUGGGGUAAAUAUAAUUAAAUAUCCUCCAGAGAGCAUGCAAAAGUCAGCCAUUACCAACCGUGCGUGCCAGCCAGUGACAGAGACAGCCACCCUCUCAAAGACAAACCAAGAGGAACAAAGGUGGGACACAAGCUUUUCACUAACACUGGGAGUCAAGACUAGCAUCACUGCCGGAGUACCUGAAAUUAGCUCAGCAAGUAUUGAGUUUAGUGUGGAGACGACCCUUCAGUUCACCAAGGGAACCACUUAUAUUAAGUCAACCACCCACACUGUUUCUGUUCAGCAUGAAGUCCCACCAAACCACUCCUGUGGUGUCAGCAUGGUGGCAUAUAAGUACAGCGCAGACAUCCCUUUCACCGCACGCCUCAGCCGCACCUACAGCAAUGGAGAGACCAGAUGGACAUCCAUCUCUGGGACGUACAAAGGUGUCCAGGUUGGAGAAGUCCGAGCUGUUGUGGAUCGUUGUGAACCAUUACCUGAUGCCCGGCCUUGUGAAUAACUUCCAUGUCUAAUAUAAUACUGACAUAUUGUUGGAGACAUGUAAAAUUCAUCAUAAUUUUCAUGAUUUUCCAUGUUUUAUGUACUUUAAUAUAUAAGACAAUAAAAACACCUUGCAUUGAACAAUU